AUGAUAGCCAACAAAGAUUCUCUUACCAAAGCCGCCAACGACACAGGCUUACAUGAGCCUGUGAGGUUCAAAUGGCGUGUCACUGGCUACUUUACCCCCGACCUCCUCGAUCACCACGUCGACAGACUGGCCCGGGCUACCCAAAAGCGGCUGAAGACCUGCCACUGGCCAGCCAAAGAGUUCCAAUAUGGAGCUGUCACGGUCGAGCCCAUGGCCCUGUGCUCCCGUGAGGAACGCAAGAAGGCUUCUUUGGACAAGCACGGGAGAGCGUACCUUGCCAUGACGGUCCAGAUAACCGUUCAUCUCAAACGCGGACGCAUCUUUGUUCCACAGAAUGUGCUCGAUCUGCACCAGACGCUCGUUGAUUGUCUGUUUCCCAUACAUGGUGACAAAGCCCAAAUUUCUACGGACUCUGGCUUUAGCACUCAUCUUCCCAUUGGCGGGUUCGAGCAGACGAGACAUAUCUUUAGUGUCGUCCGACUUUGCUGCACUGAUGAAAAUACCAAGCUGCUGGGAAGAAAGUCCCCGCUAUGGACGUUUUCGUCCCACCCAGAGAUUGAAGAGCGUUUUCCCGCCCUCCCGAUCAAUCAUUUCAUCCACAGCGUCCUUCUGUCAUUCACGGACAGCCCUAGAGAGUCCGACAAAAGGCUCUCAAUCGUGCCAAAGCAUCCAAAUGCCGUUCAAGCAGUCUUGCACGAUCAAAUCGACAACUAUCUCGAGUCGUAUGAGGUCUUUAAGCGAACUAUCGCUGCGGCACCCAAGCAGAGCACCUCACCAAAGGUCAUCAAGAACGUCGUCACCACUGCCGAGAUCAUGUUUUCUUCGUUGACCAGACUCGUCAACACCAUCGAGCAACAUGUCGGCAAGAGCGUCCAGUGCAAGAGCCGCUUUUGUGUCAAGCGGUGGAUCAAGAACUACUUCGGACCAGAGCCGCCUACCAUCUGCCUCGACAGCACAGGCUUUGACGUUGAGCUUUGCAAGCGCACGCUUCGCUCCAGACUCAAUGGCUACAAAACGGUUGUGGUCAGCAUGAUCGGUGCCGUCCGUCUUCUGAAUCUGGAGACACAGGAAAAGUUUAGGAACGUGAUUAACUCCGCGGCCAACACACCCGAUAAGGCCGACCUCUUGAGAACAUACCAGUACAUUUGGACUGGGUUGCCAAAUUUCACCAGCGAGAACCUGUCAAAGACGAUCGACUCGUUCACGACGCAGUGUGAGGAGUCACAUCGCGGGCUUAUGGAGCAGCUCAACCUCCUCGGCAUUCAGCUUGGAAGGGCGUCCGGCCCUGCUAAUCCAGCGGACAUUUGGUGGGACGACAUCAAGGAAAAGUGUUUGGACUCGGAUUAUCUGUACUAG